UACUGCAAAAAAAUAAAUUAUAACUUUUCAUUCUCGCUCUUUUUAUUACACCCACCGCCAUCAUCUAUCUUUUCUUUUUUUCUUCUUUCUCCAAAACCCCUCUCUUCUUUCGGGGGUCAUUGCUAGGGUUAGGGUUAGGGUUUUUCUACUUCCUUCCCAACUUCCAUCCAUUCCUUUCAAGAUCUCUCUAACUCACUCUCGAAUUGAGACCUUUUCCUCUAAGGUAUCUUCUAGAAUCUUCUGUUCGUUGAGUUCAUUCUUUAUUCCGAAUCUCGAUCUAUGGAUAUGCGCAAGAGAGGAAGGUCUGAACACGGAUUCAACAAUGGAGGAUUUAAGAAAUCAAGACAAGAAAUGGACUCCUUAUCAACUGGUGUAGGAAGCAAAUCGAAGCCAUGUACCAAGUUUUUCAGCACUUCUGGAUGCCCAUUUGGCGAGAGCUGCCACUUCUUGCACUAUGUUCCGGGCGGUUAUAAUGCUGUUGCCCAGAUGAUGAAUCUAGCACCUGCAGCGCCUCCUGCUCCUAGAAAUGUUGCCCCCCCACCACAUGCUCCCAAUGGGUCUGCACCAUCUGCUGUUAAAAGCCGUAUAUGCAACAAGUUUAAUACUGCAGAAGGCUGCAAAUUUGGCGACAAAUGCCAUUUUGCUCACGGUGAAUGGGAACUUGGGAAGCCUGUUGCUCCAUCAUUUGAUGAUCACCGUCCCAUGGGACCCCCCAAUGUAGGUCGUUUUGGUGGUCGAAUGGAGCCUCCUCCUGGUCCCGCUGCCAGCUUUGGUGCCAAUGCCACUGCCAAGAUCAGUGUAGAAGCUUCCCUGGCUGGAGCAAUCAUCGGUAAGGGUGGUGUGAACUCAAAACAGAUCUGUCGCCAAACUGGAGCCAAACUUUCAAUUCGAGAUCAUGAGUCUGACCCAAAUCUUAGGAACAUUGAACUUGAGGGAAAUUUUGAACAAAUUAAGGAUGCAAGUAACAUGGUGAAGGAUUUACUGGUGACCCUGCAAAUGUCUGCACCACCUAAAUCAAACCAAGGUGCUCCUGGUGCCCCUGGCCAUCAUCAUGGAAGCAACUUCAAAACAAAACUGUGUGAGAAUUUUACAAAAGGAUCUUGCACUUUUGGAGAUAGAUGUCAUUUUGCACAUGGAGCGGCUGAAUUGCGAAAAUGAAAACUUUGCCUUGGUGAUGUGGUGCAUUAUCCUAUCAAUCCAGGACUAUUUUGAUUAUUAUUGUUGUGCAUUGCUACUUAGGGGUACUGACAGGACUUCUCUGAUGUUAAGAGUUUUGUUGAUUUUGUUUCCUUUAGAUAGCAACAUUAGCUUUCCAAUUUCAGUUUUCCCUUUUAUUAUUAUGAUUAUAUGCUCUCCUCAUAUUGCCGGAACACUGAUCAUAGAGUCUUGUCCUUCUCA